AUGCUCUCGCUCGCUCAGCAUACCACCCACGAUGCCGUGCGUGGAAUGGUGCACAUCGGCCUUGGCCUUGUACUCAGCGGUACUGUCUAUGCACUGAGUGGGUCACAUGUUGGAUCGCUUGGCAGAUAUUUUUUCGCCAAGCCCGUCCACUUGGACAACAGUACAGCAAGUCGGGUGGCUUGCGAUCUCGACUUCGCGCCUUGGGAGAUGAACUGGCUAGACCGAGGCUUCCUGCUGGUAUUUGGCGUGCUGUAUAAAGCGGUCAAGGGGGCGUUCGGCGAUAGUCUCGGCCUGCAGGAUGCGAAGCAAGUGGUGGAGCUGCCAAGGUUGAAUAUCUCAUGUCCUGUCACGGUGAAUGCGCAGCAGACGCAGCUUUACGAGCGUGCUGUUGCGCUCGAUCAGCCGCAGACAGCACAAAGCAAAGACGCAGAAGGCAUCACAGAGCCAUUCUUACUAGCAGCGAUGACGAACCAGCUGAUGGUGUUGUUGGUGGUACAUCCUCGAUUGCCUGUCUCACCUCUAGGUGGUGUCAACGUUCGAAAUCAAAUUCACUUGAGUCCAGCAACUGACAAUGACGCCUGCUCGUCACUGAGGGCUUCUGCAAGCGUUGGUGGUAAACACAAUCUAGCAAGGUUCGUCAAGAGAGGCAUUGAAUUUGACAUUUGCGUCGAGGUACGUUCCUCCUCCAGCAAUCAGCUCAUCCUGCGCCAGAUCAUCACCAUCCUUGCACCCUGCAAGACUCACAUCGCCUCUUCUACCGCGACAGCCGCAGGUACAACACCAGAUCCUGCUCCGCAGUACGACACCAUCGGUCAAAUCAACAUGCCGUCUUCCGCACCCCGAAUUUGGAGCCGAGUGUGUGGCGAUUACAACCCGAUCCACGUCUCAUCGCUGCUAGCAAAGCUGUUUGGAUUUCGAGGAAAGAUUGCACAUGGAAAUCACGUUGUAGCUAGAACACUCAACUUGCUCGACUCGAAACAGCCUGGCGGACGAGCGACCCGACGAGACGGAGGAAAGGGUUGGUGGAUAGAAAUGCAGUUCAGACGUCCGAUGGUGCUUCCCAUUCGACUCGGGGUACAGGUGCAACGAGCAAGCCAAACAGGCAAUACAUCCAACUUGCAGUGGCAAUGUGUGUCAAACGACGGCAAGCCACACAUUUCUGGGUCGAUUGCAAGACUGUGA